CCAAAGGGUUUGUCGAAUCACUAGAUCGUUUGCCUAGCAUAUUCAUUCAAUUGCAAACAAAUUUCAGCUUCGAAUCACCUCACCGUCAAGUCGCGUAUCGUAUUUCACAUCUAGUGCACCAAGACUACAGUUUCUCCAACCAUCGAGCGAAGGAUAUCCAACAGCGACCGGCGCGCCUCGCCAUCAUGACUUCCUGGGAACUGCUCAACCCCGAGGCCGAAUCAGAAUUACACAAAGAUCGUCUCCUUCUCGUCGAGCAACGGCCGUUCCAGCGCAUACCGAAAUGCAUCUCCCAAUUACCUUCCUUGAUCACGCCUCAGCCCAGUCUCCAGUCGUCGCGAACCGCGCAGCAAAUCAAGGAAGACUUCACCCUAGACUUUGCGCACUUUGACAGCUCCAUCUUGCGACUACAAUUCCUCCACGAGGCGAAUGUACGGGAGAGAGAACGCUAUGCCGAAGAUGAAGAGAGGAUCAAGAAGGAGUGCGACCAGGCGAGAGAGACAAAUGGCGUUCUGAGGGAACAGCUGGAGGGCGCGCGCGCGACACUAGCACAAAGAAAGAAGUUUGACGAGAUGGCCGAAAAGAUCACCUCGAAUCGUCUCCUGCGACCACGCGAGGAGCAGCUCGCGAAUCUGCAGAAACUAGAGGAAGAGUGCCGCGAGUUGGAGAAGGAGAGUGAAACAUAUGCUGUCACAUGGCGGGAGCGCCGCGACCAGUUCAACAGGAUCAUGGAUGAGGGCAUGAUGCUACGAAGGCAGAUCCGCGACGAGAAGGAGGAAGUCGACCGACGCGAGGGCAUGAACGAAGGGGCAGACGAUGAAGGCGCCAUUACACCUCGACCAGAACAGGGCGGUACCAGCACACCUGGUCCUGAGAGUGACGGCCAAGCCAAAGAGGGGGGCGACACGCCCAUGCCGACUGGGGCCUCCAACGCGCCUACACCUGCGGUGGAGGCCGGCAAUGGUAGCAGCCACCUGCACCCUGGUGACGGUCUCACCGGUCAAUCUUUCCAGCACGGCAGUAGGCACGUUAGUCGCGAGCCCACACCGCUACGGCAAGAAGUCGAGGACGAAGAGAUGGACGAGCCCAAGGAAUCCGGCAACGCGACAGAGGUGGGGACACCGCGGGUUGCUGUUGAUCCUCCCAAUGACAAGAUGGAGGUUGACUGAUGCAUGACACAAUAUGGCGUUUGGCGUAUCCCUGUACAGUUGGAGUAGUUAUUGCACCCUUUGAUCGAUUCAAGGAUAAAUCAUG